AUGAGCGAACCCGAGCCGUUUGCGCACCAACAGAACCGCGCUGAGGGCAUGCCUGUGUCUGCCAGCCUGCCAACGCUUCUAGCUAGAGCUGUGUCCGAUGCGACUGCCUUCUCGCAUGUGUUCGUGCUUUGGCCAGUUUCUCAGCUGAGGACGUUGACGGCUCAGAAGGUUGCUCGGCGACGUUGUGAUUUGUGUGAUGGCGAUCAUUCGACGGCGAGUGGGCUCUUUCCUGAGGCUGAUGCUGGUGAAGGUGGUCGUGCGCUCCAAGAGACCAACUCGACCCACGGACAUUCGAAGGUGGUGUCAAUCCAGCGGGAAGCCACCGUUCAAAGCCACGCUCAAACAUGGUCUUGCAGUAGCACGGUCCAGAACAUGGGCCGAGGGAUCAACCUCGGGAACGUGUACGAUUUCAACCAGGGCAACCGCGACCCCGCGGUUGUCAAGAGACAAGUCAAGUGGGCUCACGACGAAGGAUUCGGACACGUUCGCGUGCCUGUGACGUGGGACGGACAUUUCGAUGCCAACUCCCAGCUGACAAAGCAAGUCACGGAAGUUGUCGACUAUGCUUUGGGCCUGGGUCUCCACGUGGUUAUCAACACACACCACGAGCACUGGCUGAAGGACGGCUACGACGGAUCCCAGCACUACAAGGAUCAGUUUUGGAACCUCUGGACUGGCAUCGCAGGUCACUUCGCGUACAAGUCCAGCAGGCUGAGCUUCGAAGUGCUCAACGAGCCGGACAAGGCUUUCGGAAGCUGGAACGGAUAUCCACAUCCAUACGACCAGCUCGCGAUCGACCGAACGCGGGAGGUUAAUGGCUUGGGCUAUGCCGCCAUCCGCAGUGUUGCCGGCAACAAGGACCGCAUGAUCUUCCUGCACCCCAAUGCUAUGUCCAGUAUAGGCACCGCCAAAGCGCUUUACCCUUCCAAGUGGAGUCUGCCGGGAAGUGGCAAGGAUGCCUGCGUGGGCGUCACCGUGCACACAUAUGAUCCGUAUGAUUUCUGCGGCGAGAAUGGCCACUCCAAUUACUAUGCCAACCCCAAUGCCAUGAAAAAAGACUUGAUCUUCAAGUUCAAAGACCUCCGCGAUUGGGCAUUCGACACGCAUAUCCCUGUGUAUGUAGGCGAGUACGGUGUUGGCCGCCAGAUGGAUCGACAGUGGGAUCGUAACAACGAGAACGUCCGUGAGUACUACAAGUUUGUGUUUCUUGACUGA